UCUACCCCCAUCACCAUCACAUAUUACCGCGCCGUCGACCUCUUCUCCGGGACAAGAGAGGCUCGGCAAAGAUGGCGCCCAACAGCGAGAGCUUGUUCCGGUCGCAGGACAUGACCCUGACCCAGCUCUAUGUCGCCAACGAGAUCGGGCGGGAGGUCGUGUCCGCGCUGGGCGAGCUUGGUGCCAUGCAGUUUAGAGAUCUCAACCCCGAAACGACCGCCUUCCAGCGCACUUUCACCCAGGAGAUCCGCCGGCUGGACAAUGUUGAACGACAGCUCAACUACUUCCGCUCGCAGAUCGAAAGAAACAGCAUCGACAUGCGCUCCAUCUACGAAUUCAGUGACGCCAUCGCUGCCCCCUCUGCCUCCGAGAUUGACGAGCUUGCCGACCGCAGCCAGCAGCUGGAGCAGCGCAUUCAGAGCUUGAAUGAGAGCUACGAGACGUUGAAGAAGCGCGAGGUGGAGCUCACCGAGUGGCGCUGGGUACUACGAGAGGCUGGCGGCUUCUUCGACCGUGCUCGCGGACAGACAGAGGAGAUCAGGCAGUCUAUCGACUCUUCUGAUGAUGCACCCCUGUUGCGCGAUGUCGAGAAUGCGAACGGAUCUGCCGAGGGCGGCCAGCAGAGCUUCAGUGUCAUGAACAUCGGGUUUGUCGCAGGUGUCAUCCCUCGCGAGCGAAUGGGCGCAUUUGAGCGUAUUCUCUGGCGUACGCUCCGUGGCAACCUCUACAUGAACCAGUCUGAGAUCCCAGACGCCAUCCUUGACCCGGAGAAGAAUGAAGAGCAACACAAGAAUGUUUUCGUCAUAUUUGCGCACGGAAAGGAGAUUAUUGCAAAGAUUCGGAAGAUCUCUGAAAGUUUGGGUGCCGACAUCUACAAUGUUGAUGAAAACAGCGAGCUGCGCCGUGAUCAGAUUCACGAGGUCAACAGCCGUCUUCAGGACUUGUCCAACGUGCUCGGCAACACCAAGCGCACUCUCGACGCCGAGCUGACUCAGAUUGGACGUUCUUUGGCCGCAUGGAUGAUCGUCAUCAAGAAGGAAAAGAGCGUCUACCAGACCUUGAAUCGCUUCUCCUAUGAUCCAGCACGCAAGACUCUCGUUGCUGAGGCUUGGUGCCCUACCAACUCUUUGGGCCUGAUCAAGUCAACGCUACAGGAUGUCAACGAGCGCGCCGGCCUAUCGGUGCCAACCAUCGUCAACCAGAUCAAGACUUCGAAGACGCCUCCUACUUACAACAAGACCAACAAAUUCACCCUCGGAUUCCAGACUAUCAUUGAUGCCUACGGUACCGCAAAGUACACCGAAGUCAACCCCGGUCUGCCGACAAUCGUUACCUUUCCUUUCCUGUUCGCCGUCAUGUUUGGUGACUUUGGUCACGGUGCAAUCAUGACUCUUGCCGCCGUUGCCAUGAUCAUCUUCGAAAAGCCACUCCAGCGAGGUAAACAGGAUGAACUGUUCGGCAUGGCUUUCUACGGAAGGUACAUCAUGCUGAUGAUGGGUAUCUUCUCCAUGUACACUGGCCUGAUCUACUGCGAUGUUUUCUCCAAGGAGAUUCCGCUGUUUAGCAGUAUGUGGGAAUGGGAGUUUCCCGACAACUACACCCCCGAUAAGACCACUAUCACCGCCAACCGCAUCGAGGGCUACACAUAUCCAUUCGGUCUGGACUGGAGAUGGCACGACACCGAGAACGACCUUCUCUUCAGCAACAGCUACAAAAUGAAGCUCUCCAUCAUCAUGGGUUGGGCACACAUGACCUACUCGCUCUGCCUCUCCUAUGUGAACGCUCGCCAUUUCAAGUCCAACAUUGACAUCUGGGGCAACUUCAUUCCGGGCAUGAUAUUCUUCCAAGGAAUUUUUGGUUACCUCGUGCUGACUAUUGUCUGGAAGUGGUGUGUCGACUGGUACGCCAUUGGCGAGCAGCCACCGAAUUUGCUGAACAUGUUGAUCUACAUGUUCUUAUCGCCUGGAACCGUUGAGGAACGACUCUACUCCGGCCAAGGCGGUGUCCAAGUCGUUCUGGUCUUACUCGCCGUCAUCCAAGUUCCGAUCAUGCUCUUCCUCAAGCCAUUCUACCUUCGCUGGGAGCACAACCGCGCACGCGCUAAGGGUUAUCGAGGCAUCGGUGAGACCACUGCUGUCAGCGCGUUGGAUGAUGAUGACCACAAUGCACGCACAAACGGAGACGCCGGACGUCCAAGCUUCGCCGAGUCGGACAUCGAUGGCGCUGUCAUCACUCAAGACAUUGGUGGCGAUGAGCAUGAAGAAUUCGAGUUCGGUGAGAUUAUGAUCCAUCAGGUCAUUCACACUAUCGAAUUCUGCCUGAACUGUGUCUCACACACAGCAUCUUAUCUCCGGCUAUGGGCAUUGUCGCUGGCGCAUCAACAGCUUUCAAUUGUGUUGUGGUCAAUGACACUCAAAAACGCGUUCGGCUUCAGUGGUGCUCUCGGCAUUGUUGUCAUUUUCUUGGCAUUUGUCGUCUGGUUCGCACUCACGAUUGCUGUUUUGGUUGUCAUGGAAGGCACGUCAGCCAUGUUGCACUCGCUUCGUCUCCAUUGGGUCGAAGCCAUGAGUAAACAUUUCAUUGGCGAGGGUGUUGCAUUUGAACCUUUCAGCUUCAAGCAAAUGCUGGACGAUGAGAUGACGGAGUUGAAGUAACGCGUUGCCUGCGAUAGUAUAACAGCAUGUAGAGUUUAUGUACAAGUUUCCAAUGUGCCAGUCUG